CCCCAAGGCUCCCACCACCACAAUGAAAGCCAUCAGCCCGGUGCGGUCCGUCCGUAGCUGUUACGAGGCCGUUUGCUGUCUCUCGGAGCAGAGUUUGGCCAUCGCUCGGGGGGGCAACAACAAGAGUCCCACCCUGGAGGAGCCCAUGAACUUGCUGUACGAUAUGAACGAUUGUUAUUCCAAGCUUCGGGAGCUGGUGCCGGGCAUCCCGCAGGGCACCAAGGUGAGCCAAGUGGAGAUCCUCCAGCAUGUUAUCGACUACAUCUUCGAUCUCCAGAUCGUGCUGGAGGAGGGGGGGGGCAAGGGUCGCGACCCUUCCUCGGAGGCCACCCUGUUGUCCCUCAAGGCGGCCGGGCUGGCAUCGGAACUCUGCUCCAAAGAGGAGAGAAGUUUGUGUCACUAAGGGCUGCUCCUGCAGGUGAGUGU